UCAGCACUGGCUCAGGACAGUCGUGGGGGGUCUGAAGUGGCUCAAUUUUGUAUUUUGGUUUUUUUGGGGGGGGUGUAAAGGUGGGAGGCUGUGCUGUGCCCACUCUCCUGACAGUCGGGCGUGUUACCUCAGGAACAUGGUGUAAGGAAGCUGGAAGCAGGAUAACCCGAAAUUCAAACCCAAGAGACACCAGGCUGAAGACCAUGGUCUCAAAGCUGACUCAUCUCCAAGUGGAGCUGCUGGAAGCGCUGCUGGAGUCGGGGCUGACCAAGGAGACCUUGAUCAAGGCAUUGAGUGAAGCGGAACCCUACGGGCUCCAGAGUGAAAGUCAGCAUGCUAUCAAUGCCCUCCAGACUGAGAAAGGGGAGCCCUGUCCCGACAUCCCCAACCUCCCCAAUGGAAUGGGGGAGUCCAGGUUAUCAGAAGAUGAAACCUCAGAUGACGGGGAGGAAUUUACCCCUCCAAUAAUGAAGGAGCUGGAAAACUUGAGCCCUGAGGAGGCUGCUCACCAGAAGGCUGUGGUGGAAAGACUAUUACAAGAGGAUCCCUGGCGAGUAGCAAAGAUGGUGAAGUCUUACCUCCAGCAGCACAACAUCCCUCAGCGUGAGGUGGUAGACACUACUGGUCUGAACCAAUCCCACCUCUCACAACACCUUAACAAGGGCACUCCCAUGAAGACCCAAAAACGGGCAGCCCUGUAUACUUGGUACGUCCGGAAGCAGCGAGAGGUGGCCCAGCGUAAGUAUGGCAACGACUGCUCUCCUGUCUCAGUUUCAGAAAGGCCUCUGCUCUCCCUUGCUCGUCCUUACUCCCUAUUGUUUUCAAGGAAAAAAUUCCCUUGCUCCUUUGUGCUUGCAGAAUUCACACACGCUGGCCAGGGUAUACUGACAGAUGAGCCCAUGGGAGAUGACCUGCCCACCAAGAAGGGAAGAAGAAACCGCUUUAAGUGGGGUCCUGCCUCACAACAGAUCCUGUUCCAAGCCUAUGAGAGGCAGAAAAACCCCAGCAAAGAAGAGAGGGAGGCACUGGUGGAAGAGUGCAACAGGGCAGAAUGCAUUCAGAGAGGUGUUUCCCCAUCUCAGGCCCAGGGACUGGGCUCAAACCUGGUGACAGAGGUCAGAGUUUACAACUGGUUUGCCAAUCGCAGGAAGGAGGAGGCUUUCCGGCACAAGUUGGCCAUGGACACCUUCAGCGGACCACAGCCCACCUCUGCCCCCCCUCUAACUCCCCACAACUCCUCCUCCCUCCAGCCACCACCUGCUCUCUCACCCAGCAAAGUUCACGGGGUGAGGUACAACCAACAGCCAGCCAGCGAGGCAGAGUCCUCCAGCAGCAACCACCACGGGAACAGCUCCAUGGUGACCACCCAAACCAUCCUGCAUCAGGUUUCUCCCCCUGGACUGGAGCCCAGCCAGAACCUGUUGAGCACAGACACUAAGCUGGUAUCAGCUCCUGGAGGAACUCUCCCUCCUGUCAGCACCCUGACUGCCCUGCACAGCCUAGAGCAAAGCCCACACACGCUGAGCCAGCAGACCCAGAACCUGAUCAUGGCAUCCCUGCCAGGGGUCAUGGCAAUCGGGGCCAGCGAGACCCCAUCCCUGGCACCCGCCUUCACCAACACAGGAGCCUCCACCCUGGUGAUCGGCCUGGCCUCAACCCAGCCCCAGAGUGUUCCUGUAAUAAACAGCAUGGGGAGCAGCCUCACUACCCUGCAGCCUGUCCAGUUCUCGCAGCAACUGCACCCAUCCUACCAGCAGCCCCUCAUGCAGCAAGUCCAGAGUCACAUCAACCAGAGCCCCUUCAUGGCCACCAUGGCUCAGAUACAGAACCCUCAUGCUCUCUAUGGCCCCAAGUCUGAAGUGACCCAAUAUACACACACAGGCCUCUUACCACAAACCAUGGUGAUAACAGAUACAGCCAAUCUCAGUGCCCUGACCAGCCUGACACCAACUAAACAGGCAUUCACACCUGACUCGGAGACUCACACCGAGUCUGGGAUGCACACACCAGUGUCACAGGCACCAACAAUCCAUCUACAGAACCAAGACACAACCAUCCAGCACCUUCAGCCAGGCCCACGUCUCACCUCGAGCCCUGCUGUGUCCUCCAGCAGCCUGGUGCUGUACCAAAGCUCCGACUCCACCAACAGCCACAGCCAGCUGCUGCCAUCCACUCACAAUGUCAUCGAGACCUUCAUCUCUACACAGAUGGCAUCUUCCAGCCAGUAA